GUGGGCUGCAGUACCGCCAAGCCACCGAAGGGGGCGCUGUUGUCUCGACAUACCCAUAAGCGGGGGAGUGAGAGGUGCAUGAAAUGGAGAAAAAUGGCGGAUCAUGUGCAGGGCCUGGCCCAGCUGGAGAUCCUGUGCAAGCAGCUGUAUGAGACCACCGACACCACCGUCCGCCACCAGGCCGAGAAAGCUCUGGUGGAGUUCACCAACAGCCCCGACUGCCUCAGCAAGUGUCAGCUGCUGCUGGAGAGAGGCAGCUCGUCGUAUUCUCAGCUGCUGGCGGCCACCUGUUUGUCUAAGCUGGUGUCUCGUACCAGCAACCCUCUGCCCCUCGAGCAACGCAUCGACAUCCGGAACUAUGUUCUGAACUAUCUGGCCACGAGGCCCAAGCUGGCAGCCUUUGUGACGCAGGCUCUGAUCCAGCUCUACGCCCGGAUCACCAAGCUGGGCUGGUUCGACUGCCAGAAGGACGACUACGUCUUCAGGAACGUCAUCGCCGACGUCACGCGCUUCCUGCAGGACAGUGUGGAACAUUGCAUCAUAGGCGUCACCAUUCUGUCCCAGCUGACCAAUGAGAUCAAUCAGGUAAGUGUGUGUGUCGCUGUGUGUGUGUGUGUGUGUGUGUGUGUGUCAGGUGUUACACGCUGUGUUUGUCUUCAGGCCGACACGACGCAUCCUCUGACCAAACACAGGAAGAUCGCUUCUUCAUUCAGAGAUUCUUCACUUUUCGACAUUUUCACUCUUUCCUGCAACCUCCUCAAGCAGGCGUCGGGGAAGAACCUGAACCUUAACGAUGAGUCGCAGCAUGGCCUCCUGAUGCAGCUUCUCAAACUGAGCUACAACUGCCUCAACUACGACUUCAUAGGAACCUCCACAGACGAGUCAUCGGACGACCUCUGCACCGUCCAGAUCCCCACCUCCUGGAGAUCAGCGUUUCUCGAUUCCUCCACUCUGCAGCUCUUUUUCAACUUGUAUCAUUCCAUCCCUCCGUCCCUGUCCCCGCUGGUGCUGUCGUGUUUAGUCCAGAUCGCCUCGGUCCGAAGGUCCCUUUUCAACAACGCAGAGCGAGCCAAGUUCCUGUCCCACCUGGUGGACGGCGUGAAGAGGAUUCUAGCCAACCCUCAGUGUUUGCCGGAUCCCAACAACUACCACGAGUUCUGCCGCCUGCUGGCGAGGCUGAAGAGCAACUACCAGCUGGGGGAGCUGGUGAAGGUGGAGAACUACCCCGAGGUCAUCCGCCUCAUCGCCAACUUCACCGUCACCAGCCUGCAGCACUGGGAGUUUGCCCCCAACAGUGUCCACUACCUGCUGAGUCUGUGGCAGCGCCUGGCGGCGUCGGUCCCGUACGUCAAAGCCACCGAGCCCCACCUGCUGGAGACCUACACCCCCGAGGUCACCAAGGCCUACAUCACCUCCCGGCUGGAGUCGGUCCACGUCAUCCUCAGAGACGGACUGGAAGACCCUCUGGACGACGCUGGCCUGGUCCAGCAGCAGCUGGAUCAGCUGUCCACCAUCGGCAGGUGUGAGUACGAGAAAACCUGCGCUCUGCUGGUGCAGCUGUUCGACCAGGCGGCUCAGACCUACCAGGAGCUGCUGCAGUCCACCAACUCCAGCCCCGCAGACGUCACCGUGCAGGAGGGGCGCUUGACGUGGCUGGUUUACAUCAUCGGGGCGGUCAUCGGUGGACGGGUGUCGUUUGCCAGCACAGAUGAGCAGGACGCCAUGGACGGAGAGUUAGUCUGUCGGGUGCUCCAGCUGAUGAACCUCACUGACAGCCGGCUCGCUCAGGCCGGCAACGAGAGGCUGGAGCUCGCCAUGCUCAGCUUCUUUGAGCAGUUCAGGAAGAUCUACAUAGGAGACCAGGUGCAGAAAUCAUCAAAGCUUUACCGACGACUAUCAGAAGUUCUGGGCUUGAAUGACGAGACGAUGGUCCUCAGUGUCUUCAUCGGGAAAAUCAUCACUAACUUGAAGUACUGGGGCCAGUGUGAACCAAUCACCUCCAAGACCCUGCAGCUACUGAACGACCUGUCGUUGGGGUACAGCAGCGUGAGGAAGCUGGUGAAGCUCAGCGCGGUGCAGUUCAUGUUGAACAACCACACGAGCGAACACUUCUCCUUCCUCGGGGUGAACAACCAAUCAAACCUCAGCGACAUGCGGUGUCGGACCACCUUCUACACCGCGCUGGGGCGCCUGCUGAUGGUGGACCUGGGAGAAGACGAGGACCAGUUUGAGCAGUUCAUGCUCCCUCUGACGGCUGCGUUUGAAACGGUGGCCCAGAUGUUGAGCACCAACACCUUCAACGAGCAGGAGGCCAAGAGAACCCUCGUGGGAUUGGUCAGAGACCUGCGAGGAAUCGCCUUCGCCUUCAACGCCAAGACCAGUUUCAUGAUGCUGUUCGACUGGAUGUAUCCGGCCUACAUGCCCAUCCUGCAGAGAGCCAUCGAGCUCUGGUACCACGACCCAGCAUGCACCACUCCAGUCCUCAAGCUCAUGGCCGAGCUGGUCCACAAUAGGUCACAGAGGCUUCAGUUCGACGUGUCGUCGCCCAACGGCAUCCUUUUGUUCAGAGAAACCAGCAAGAUGAUCACGACCUACGGGAACCGCAUCCUGACCCUGGGGGAGGUCCCUAAGGACCAGGUGUACGGCGUGAAGCUGAAGGGGGUCAGCGUGUGCUUCGCCAUGCUGAAGGCGGUGCUCAGCGGGAACUACGUCAACUUCGGGGUGUUCCGUCUCUACGGCGACGACGCCCUGGACAACGCGUUGCAGACGUUCAUCAAGCUGCUGCUGUCCAUCCCCCACAGCGACCUGCUGGACUACCCCAAGCUCAGCCAGUCCUUCUACUCUCUGCUGGAGGUCCUGACCCAGGACCACAUGAACUUCAUCGCCAGCCUGGAGCCGCACGUCGUCAUGUACAUCCUGUCCUCCAUCUCCGAGGGGCUCACUGCACUCGAUACCAUGGUGUGCACGGGGUGCUGCUCCAGUCUGGACCACAUCGUCACCUACCUGUUCAAGCAGCUGUCCCGCUCCACCAAGAAGAGGCGCACGCCCAUGGCCACGGACGACCGCUUCCUGAACAUCAUGCAGCAGCACCCGGAGAUGAUCCAGCAGAUGCUGUCCACAGUGCUGAACAUCAUCAUCUUUGAGGACUGUAGGAACCAGUGGUCCAUGUCCCGCCCCCUGCUGGGCCUCAUCCUGCUCAACGAGAAGUACUUUGCUGACCUGAGGAACAGCAUAGUGAACAGUCAGCCUCCAGAGAAGCAGCAGGCGAUGCAUCUAUGUUUUGAGAACCUGAUGGAGGGAAUCGAACGGAAUCUACUCACCAAGAACCGGGACAGGUUCACUCAGAACCUGUCUGUCUUCAGGAGGGAGGUGAAUGACAGCAUGAAGAACUCAACGUACGGCGUCAACAGCAACGACAUGAUGAGCUGACAUUCCACAGAGAGGAGUCUUACCGCUGCAGACAGGGCCCCCCCCACCCCCUCUGCAUCAGAACCCCCCCUCCCCCGGGCCCGGAUGCCUGGGGGGGUCACGUCGUACGGAAUCGUUGGUUGACUCCGCCUCCUUUUUGAUAAAAGCAGAUAUAAAUACAUAUAGAUCUAUUUUAAAGCGAUGGUCGACUCGUCUGGCGGUUCAAUCGGGGGCGGGGGGGGGGCGGCGAACGCCUGCAACGUAGUAAUCCGCUUCUGCCUGCCUUGUAUAGAACACAGAAAACCACGUGUACAUUUCUUUUGGUAACAUUUUGAACAAUGUUUAUAACAAUUUCAACACAAAGAGUCGAAGAAAAAGUUACAAAAAAACUACCCGGUGUGAUUGAGCUUUUUACAGUGUAGUGAGUUGGUCUGCGUGGGGGGGGGGGGGCACUUAGAUGAAGAAGAGGUACACACUAACAAAGGGAGCGUCCAUGUUGUACAUUUAUCUCCAGUCUGAAGUGAUGUAAAUAUCAGCCAAGUGUCUUCAGACCUCCGGUUCUUCUUCUGUGGUUUUUCGCUGUGACACUAAACUGAAAGUCUUUGUCUUCAAAGACAAAACCUGCUUUUUAAUAUUUCCUCACAUUAAAAAAGAUCUACAAUUAA